AUGGCCGACGCGCCAGCGGACAAGACAACAAGCGGCGGGGUCGCUGAUGUCGGCUACCCCAAUGGACAUUUGGGGCAUUUGACGGAGGGGGAAGAGAACCAACUGAAGGCAUUCAAGAUCUUCCUCGAGGACAAGGGCCUUUAUAAGAGCGGUCCCCCUCCGUCGCACGACGACCAAACCCUCCUACGUUUUUUACGCGCUCGAAAAUGGGUCGUCAACGAUGCCUACCAGCAGUUCAAGGACACCGAGGAAUGGCGGCAGGCAAACCACCUGGACGUUCUGUACGACACGAUCGACGUGGACGCAUAUGAACAGACGCGGCGUUUGUAUCCUCAAUGGACAGGGAGGAGAGACAGGAGAGGCAUCCCCCUUUACCUCUACCAAAUCCGCCACCUCGACUCCAAGACGGUCUCCGCCUACGAAAAGGCCUCGGAAUCAACCAACGUCAGCAAAGCCGAGACCGACGGCUCCACGCCGCAACGACUUCUCCGACUAUUCGCCUUGUACGAGAACCUGACACGAUUUGCGCAGCCGCUGUGCACAGAGCUGAAGGACCGUGAGCACUCGGGCACACCCAUCACGCUCAGCACCAACAUCGUCGACGUGUCGCAGGUGUCGCUGCGCAUGUUCUGGAACCUCAAGGCGCACAUGCAGGCGGCGUCGACGCUGGCCACCGCCCACUACCCGGAGACGCUGGACCGCAUCUUCAUCAUCGGCGCCCCCUACUUCUUCAGCACCGUCUGGGGCUGGAUCAAGCGCUGGUUCGACCCCAUCACCGUCUCCAAGAUCUUCAUCCUCAGCGCCGCCGAGGUGCGCCCCACCCUCGAGUCCUUCAUCGAGCCCCGCAACAUCCCCAAGCAGUACGGCGGCGAGCUCGAGUUUGAGUUCUUUGACCGCCCCAAUGUCGACCCCGCCAUCAAGGAGGCGAUUCGCUGGGAGGCUGGCUAUACUGAUUUCCCCGAGGGGCCGGUCUAUUGGGUGCCUGUGGAUGAUGGCGCGAGGUUGGCCUGCAUGGCGGUGGGGAGUAAGGAUGGCAAGGAGAGGCGCGAGAGGGUCGGCACUAUCGCCGUGACGUUUCCCAAGGGGGAGAUAGCGGCGCAGCCCGCGGCUGAGACUGUUGCGGCUGCUGCUCCGCCGGCGGAGGCUAUCGUUGAUAGAAUCCAAAAGUUGUCGAUUACCGAGAACAGCGUGGCGGGCGAGAUCGAGGAGAAGGUGGCCACUAGCGCCGGGGGGCAGCAACCGGAGCAGAAGACUACGGCUGUCUCUAGCUGA